AUGGUAAAUUUUUUCUUCAAUCCUCUUUUUUUUAUUUUUGUUGUUACUAUUACUGACAUUACGUUGGUGCUGAAGAAGAUGGUGAAAACAUCGCAUUUGCAAAGAGUAAUUUAUUUUCAUUGUUUUUAUAGAUGUAGCAAAAAUGAUAUCGAUUGCUUAGCAAGUCGCGGGAGACGUCGUCCUUUGGAAACACGACAAAAUUUGAAAAGAUUCACUGUUCAUAAUUGUCCUUAUCCGGAAUGUAAAAAACGGUAUAGUAAAAGUUCGCAUCUGAAAGCUCACUUGCGAACCCAUAGUGGUGAAAAGCCGUAUUGUUGUGACUGGCCGGACUGUGGAUGGAAAUUUGCACGAAGUGAUGAACUUACCAGGCAUUACCGGAAACAUACCGGUGAUCGACCGUUCCGAUGUAGCUUUUGCGAUCGUGCGUUCUCUCGGUCUGAUCACUUAGGCCUCCAUCUUAAACGACACAACCCAUCCUGA